CGGGAACUCGUUCUUCCUCUGCUUCGACCCCGAUAACACGGGACCCGAAGUUAAGGCUCAGCUUUCAAUGGAGGUCAUUGGGUUGAGAUUGGGGUCACUGGCGACCCCUUGAGGAAAGAUGGGGGGAAAACGAAGGGAAAGAGGAGAGCUUUGAAGGGGGUCCCUUCCGUUCAGAGUCAUGAUGACCAUUGAAGGCUGAGCUUUAACGAAGUGGACGGCUUUCCCAGGAUCCAAGUGUCGCUUGGGGGUUUAUUACCCACUAGAACGGAUCAAUCGGAAGGCAUGUUUAUCGUUGGAACCAGUGCGAACGAGCGG